ACUUAUUUUUAUGUAACAUAUAUUUUCUUUGUGUAAAAUAUUCUUGGUAUUAUUUAUUAUUUAAUCAUUAAAUAUGAGUAUCCAAGUGAGUCAAAGAAGCGCGGAAGACGAAGAAGAUGACGAGGAGUUGUUAGAAGAAACUCAUAUAGAAUGGAGUAACCUGAUCUUCCUGCCUUUUCACCCUGUGUUCAAACUUGCGGUAUUGUUCAGCGUAAUUGUGAAGAGUAUUCUGGGUCCAAUUCAAUCGGUGUAUCCGAUUGUUUACUGUUCCAACGUGAUGGACCGCGACCCGUUUUUGUUCUUCAUAAAAUAUUUCUACUGGUAUUGUUGCGAUGCUAUAUACGGCGUGGAUACAUUUCUCCACAUCGUUCACAGACAAGUAACAGAUAAGGCAAUGAGACGUGAAUAUUUACCGAAGUCAGCAUUUCUAUUGUUAUUGGAUUUGAUAUCAUUGAUACCAUUCUUCCGAAUGGUGGUCUCGGACAUUUGCCCGCCGACACAACUGUGGCCGAAUAUUUUAGCUUUCACAGAGUUUGUUAUAAUAUACAGAGUGGUUGAAUACUUUUCGUUGGUUACUACUCAUUCCUUCUGGAAGAUGUUGACUGGUUUUUUACUAAUGAUGGCGAGCUGUAUUAAUUGUGCUACUUGCUUUUGGCUUCUUCUCACCAAACAUGGACUGUGUGGGAAAUGUGCCAAAAUUAUUUACGAUUGGAGACACUACGUCAUUCAUAAGUUAAACGAAACGGAUGAAGGCUUCGCGACUUACAUUUAUGGCGCCUCAUACGUUUUAUCUUUUGCCAUAAAUAAAACACUGGAUGAAACGAAACCAUCAACGAUACUUGAAUUUUUCCUCAUAUCAACUUUAAUGAUAUCUGGAUAUUUAUUAGAGAUAUUCGUGGUCAUGCCGAAAUUAUUUGCCGAAGCCAUUCUAAGACUCCGAAGAAUUUGUACUUUCCAUCCGCAAAUUAACAGGCUCAUUCAGGAAACUCGUCGAAGAAACCCCGCUCCUACAGCGCACGUGAAUGUUGAAAACUUUUAUAAAUUAAUGUGGAAAAAGCGAAGUGGAAUAACGUGCCUACCUGAAGUCAUAGCUGAGUUUCCGAGGUAUUUGAGAUUGGAUAUCAAGCAAGAUCUCGUUUGGCCGGUGUUUUAUCACAGCCCCACGUUAAGAAAAACUUCGUCGUCGUUCAAACGCUGGCUGUGUGAUUACAUACGGCUAGAUUAUAAAUUGCCUGGUGAGAAGUUCUUUGCCGGACCACAUUGUCAUACAAACCUUUAUUAUAUUAAAUCUGGUAUUGUACAAAUCCUAUCAGCAGACGAUGGAACAACUUCAAUUCUUUCCGUGACCGGUGGUACAGUUUUCGGAGAUGUUAGUUUUUUAUUACCUCCAUGGAAACGUAAGGUGAUAGUACGCUGCCUCACAUACUGUGAAAUAUUUUUCGUAUCCCGAUAUGAUUUAUUAAAAGCCAUGCAUAGAUUUCCUGAAGACCGGCGUAAGAUUUUAGCUUCUACUGCGGAAAGGAUUAAACACGCACGAACGUUGUAUGUAUGCAAACAGCAUGUUAGAGGCCUUGACAGAGCUGAAGAUGAGGGCGUGGCGUGGGUCAAAAGGCGAUGGUGGGAAAUAUCCGAUGCUGUAGCCAAUUGGAAAAAAAGAUCCGGAAAGAAGGACCAAAUCAAAUGUGAACUACCACCAGAAGAAGCGAUUUACCACUGUGCAAAAUAUAUUGGACAACUGGUCCUUUGUAACGAUGUCCAAUUACAGACAAAGUCAAUGUUCGCCAACGUCAGGUUUCCAUGGAUAUUGGUGCCGCAGUCAAGUUUCGUUGUUAUUUGGCAUCGCAUAGUCAUUUUCACAGUGUUGUUGGUUUUGGUGUUUUAUCCGCCCAACAUCACGAGGCCUACUAUCCCACCGGCAUUUAAAUUCCUACAAUUUUGGACCGAUUUCGUAUAUGUCGCUGAUAUAUGUGUAUCUUUAAUGACGUCGGUAUCUAGACAAGAGAAUAUCACCACUAAUUUCGCCACAGUUAUGUUCGCACGUUGCAAGAGUCUUAAUUUCCUUUUGGAUGUGUUAUCUACGUUGUGGAUAGAGAACUUGGCUUUGGUGUUCGGCAAACCAGACUUUUAUUAUAUAGUACAAUUUAAUAGGUUGAUCAAAAUCUACAUAUUAUUCACUGGUGAAUUUAUUCACUGGGAUGUGAGGAACGAUCCAUUAAUUAUUGAUUGCUAUAAAAUUGCAUUGACCCAAUUCAGUUUCGUUUUCAUCAUGAGCUAUAUCACCUACGUCCUCGCUCGUCACAUACCCCAGAUAACAACGAGUUACUUUUUCGGUGAUAAGAUAUGUUCUCCGGAUGUUCCUGCGAAUCAAUGUGAUCCAGCACGCAAGAAUUUAUUUGCAGUGGCAAUAUCUUGGACAUUUGAACUAAUAUUUUUUGAAUACCUUCCCUCUACCCUGGUGGACAUGUACGUCGGAACAACGACAACGUUGUUAUGUUUUAUGAUUUACGUAUACUGUGAAACGAGGUUUAUUGCAGCUUUAUAUUUAAAGUAUAGAGAAAUAACCAAUUACCAGUACUUCGUGUCGAACCUCAAAAAUUAUUAUAAAUACUAUAGAAUUCACCAAGAUUUACUGAAAAGGCUUGACAGAUAUCUCACAUGUCACUGGAAGUAUUAUCAUGGCGUGGACGUUAUGCAUCCUGAUUUAUUGAAAAAUGAACCUUAUGACAUAUACUGGAAAGUCCACGGUGAGAUAGCAGAAAAAUUGAUUAGCGAAUCAAAAGCUUUCACUGGGGCUGAUUCGGCUCUCAUAAGAGAACUUGCGUAUACAGCAAAAUUUUUGAUAUUACCGAAAAAUUCAGCUUUAUUUUUAUUUGGCGUUCAAUGUAAAAAUGUUACCUGGAUCGCUCAAGGUUAUAUAAAAGGUGAAUAUCACAACGAAGAAGGUGAAUUGGUAAAGAUUUUCCACAGCCGCGGGCACAUGCUAUCCGUUAAAUCGGUGUUUCUCGGAAGGGUAUCCCUCAGAACUUAUACGGCUUAUACGGAAUGCGAGAUACUGUAUAUAAGAAUUCAAGACUUUUUCAACAUCAUCAAACGCUAUCCAAACGAGUGGAUGUACUUCGAAAACUGCAUUCAAGAGUUCAGACCAGUUUUUGAUGAAAUGUGUCAAUCAUAUGUCCGCAAGCAUAGAGAUUAUCAAAACAAAAUACGAGAUCGUAUAUUUCACUCACGGAUGUCUGUAAUGGUACCAAAUAAGAAACCUCGUGAGAGUGUUAGAGGGCGAGCUAUGCCGUUUGAAAGUGAUUUCUGGAAGGAGCCUGAAUCCGACUUUAUGGAGUAUUGGAUGUUAUUUAGAGCAAUUAUUGUGUUUGUAUCAAUCGCUUCAGCGUCUUUGCAAGGUGGAAUAGGUGCUAUUUAUAGAUGGCCUUUGAUCAUGAUAGGUUCAUUUUGUGAUUGUAUCGCAUGGAUGGACAUUGUUAUAAAGCUAUUUUUGGCUUACUACGACGAGCGUGGCCUUCUCAUAUACGAUAAGCGUAAAUGCAUGAUUCAUUACUUGUUGCGAGGUUUUCUUUUGGAUGUCAUCGGAGCGUUUCCCCUAUUCGAGGUCCUUAGAAUCCUUCUAUCAGCUCCUAUCGACGAUGAUGAUGCUAUGCUCGUAAAUACGUUUUGCAAGUUCGCUCAUCUUUACAUUUUGUAUGGCUACUUUAAUUACAUCGCCGAUGUCCCUACUAUCAACGUCACCUACAUUAUGAUUUUGAAAUGGCAAGUAAUACUCAUCUUAGUAAUGCUUGGUGGCAGCCACUACCUAAUGAGUUACUGCGUCGACUUCGUCUUCGAUAGCACGGACAGAUUCAGUAUAAUUAGCAUCCAGCAACGAAAUUCAUGUUGGGUGCCCAAACUGUUUAAAUUAAAGGAACAUCCGUCAUUCGAAGAUUUGCAUCUUCUAUUUGCCGAAAGUUUGAAUUUGGUUCAAUGCGGCUUCACGAGAUUAAAUUUUGGUAAUUUUAACAUUGAUCGCAUUCAACUUGGAGUUGGAACGUCUCUGUUCUUCUUAGGAUGUUUUUUCUGGUUUGUUUUCUGCUACUCCCUUGCGUUACUAUUGCUGAAUUCCCGAGGAAACUCGCUAUUUCAACAUGGCGUUAGUCAGUUAAGGAGAUUUUUACACGCUGAAAGAGUCGACGAAAAGUUGAUACAUCAAACCGUCCGCCAUUUUCGAUAUUGGUGGAUAAGAACCAAAGGCAUCAAUAUACAUCAUUUAACAAAUGAACGAAUCGGCGUGGUGUUUAGACAAGAUUUGAAUUACUAUUUCUUUAAAAAGACAUUCACAGCUCUAGACACGCUGCUGCAAGGAGGUGAAUCCCUCCUAAGGCAAUUAGCUAGCACUAGCACGCAAAUUUAUUUCCUGCCUGGUGGAGAAAUUACAAGGGAAAUGGAUUUGGCCCCGUGGGUGUUCGUGGUGCAUCGAGGAAGAGUCACGCUCAGUCAAGGUGGAGAGAAGAUCGCUACUCUUACAAAGGGAGGAAUUUUUGGCCAGUUAGAUGGUACAAAACCGCGUCCAGUUCGCAUAUCAGCUGUCGCAGAUGAUUAUGCGGACCUGCUUCAGAUAACUAUUAAGCAAUUCCAAGACCUAAUUCCCAAAGACGUGAAAAAAAAUAUUGAACAGAAUCCUCAAUUUCAAAACGAUUUUAUGGCGACAAAGAGGCAUUUUCCCGAAGACGCACACGACACAGUUCAAUAUAUUCUUCAAGGGAGAAAAACUAUAAAACUUCCAGGCAUAGCACCGAUGGAGGCUAGACACGGCAACUGGUAUUCAAGAUGGCUAUACGUUGUCUGGUUGGGGGCUCCUUUCGCUUCCGCCUUCAUUGUCUUAAUAUUAAACGUCUUGCCUAUAGACGUAAUCCUCACACUAUCUUGGGUGUUAUUUUUAUUGGAUGUUAUACACUUGGCUCAUUUCAUUGGAGAGUUUUAUACUAUGGAAAAGACAAUAGUAAACAAUAAAUGUGUUUACCGCACCGUCGGACCAAGAGUUCUGAAGAGAUGGGGUUUCUAUACUGAUGCUUUAUCAUUAAUUAUACCCAUGCUGACAAUUAUCACGGACGACUGGAGAUAUCAAUUAGCAAGAUUGUUACGUCUGAGAUUAUUUUAUGAUUUCCAGAUGUAUUUCUGUACAAGUUUUAAGAGCAAAGCUGCGCCAAUUUUGAUGAAGUUUAUCAUUGUUAUUUUAUUGUUGCACGCGGCGACUUGUGGAUGGAUUUAUGUGGCUUGCAGAAGUGAAUUUCCAAUAAAAGUGUAUAUGCCUCUCGAAGUUAAUAAGAGUAUAGAUCAUGACCAAUGGGCGACUCCAGAUCAAAGAUAUGGUGGAUGCGCAAGAGUAACAAAAUAUACCAAACCUGGCGAUUAUAACAUGCCUAGUUUUGUAGUGCCUAAAAACUGGCAAAACGACUACAUAGUGGCUAUGACGUACAUUAUAUUGAUUCACACUCAUACUGCCAUUGAUGCGGUGAUCCCUCUUUCUCUAAGCCAAGUAUACUACAAAGUCGUUUUAAACAUGUUUAUCUACCUCAUCGAUAUGUGGACUAUAAGCAUCGCGAUCAGCGCCAUCUACACCAAGUUCAGAGAACUGUACCAGUAUGAUUACUACGUUAACAAUCUGACCACAUAUUUGAAUCAUAGUGGCUUAUCGCCUUCUUUAUUGGAAUCUGUGAAAGAGUAUACUGAACAACUUUGGAGAAGGCAAAGAGGUAAUUGGCUGCCAGAGCUAGCUCAGCAAGCGCCACCGUGUCUCCGAGAAGAUCUGUUGGACGCACUUUACAUGCAUCAUUUGAUGACACCGCCCUUAUUCCGUCAGCUACCUCACUACUUCACGCGACAAUUAGUCGCACGACUACAUCGAAUUGUAGUGUUUCCUGGAAAAUGCUUGAUCCAAGAAGGCGAUAUAUUCUCCUGUAUCUAUUUCAUACACGAAGGUGAAGUUGAGAAGUGGUUUAUUGAUAAAGGCGGUGAAAAUAAAAUGAUAUCUUUGUUAUCUGUGAAUGGAUAUUUUGGAUUUAUACCAGGACUGUUCCCGAACACACCUUUUCAAUUUACCUAUUUUACUAGAACGGUUGUCGAUCUGGUAUACUUGAGGCUGAAGGAUUGGCAAGACUUGCUCGAUUGUUACCCGGACGUGAAGCGCGACUUGUAUACAGCUGCCAAGCAGCUAAAGAAGGAUAUGGGGAAGUGAGUUUUAGAUGGAAAUGAUGAUGUUUUUAGAUUUAUUUAGGUUACAAUUUAUUUAUGU